AUGGUGCAGAAAACUGUCCUGAAGGUCCGUAUUGUAUGCCUCAAAUGCAAGAAGCAGCUCCUCCAGGCGGUGACUAAGUUACAAGGUGUUGACAAAAUUGAAGUUGAUGCAGACAAGGGAACUUUGACUGUAACAGGAGAUGCAGACCCAUAUGAAAUCAUAGUUCGUACCAAAAAAACAGGCAAAUUUGCUGACGUUGUGAGUGUUGGUGAUCCUGCUGCUCCCCAAAAGGAGGGGGAUGGGAAGAAGAAGAAGAAAAAAAAAUCAGGGGACAAGGAGGACCAAGUUCAGACACCCAACAUCGCCCACAAUUCAUGUCUUGUCUGUGAGCGAGUGCCUAUCGUUCAUGUGGGCUGCCGAGACGAACCCUAUCCAUCAUGCUCUAUUAUGUGA